GAGAGAGAGAGAGAGAGAGAGAGAGAGCCAGGCAGCUCCCCCACCUCACCGGCCCAUCUCAUCUCCAUUUCCCCAUCCCCAACAAUGCCAAUUCCCUUCCCCGUUGCCCCCACCAGACCCAGCAUCUCCGUCACUGCCCAAUUGCCCACACGUAGCGAUCGUCCCCACACGCGCAACCUGCGACAGAUGGACAGCAGCAACCCCUCUGUCCCCGCCGUUCCCCCGCCCCCACUAACCCCUACGAGUACCUAACCUUACUACCUAACCUAGCGCCCAGCGCCAUAUCGCCAACCCAACCAACCACUCAGCUCCAGGGUCCCGCGCCGUCAAACCCACCGCCGCACUUUUUUCUUUUUGGCGACCCGACCGACCGACCGCCCGACCGCCGCAUGCCCGCCCCGACCUGCCCUGCCGACCACCGCUGCUCAUCGUACGACCACGACGCACCGCCGCCGCCGCCGCCGCCGCCGCCGCCGACCCGACCACCAACAAACGGGCUCCCUCCUUCCCUCCCCCUUCCCCGCACCGCGCUAAAGCACUCCAGACCGCAAAGCACACCGGCGGCGCACCAGCGCGCCCCAGAUUUUUGGGGAGAUGAAAAAAAA